UAUCCAAACACUUCUCCUACAAGGCAUGGUUAUAGGAAUUAUCAGGGAGGGUGUUCACAGAUGAGGUAACAGCAAAGCUCUGCUGUAUCUACAAUAUUAUUUGUUGACAGGAAAUACUCGAAGGCCUCAUCUUUUUCCUCCGGGAAACAAAAGCUCUCUGGUUUAUUGCGGAUAUGAGAUAUCGAGCUGUUUUGCACCUUUUUGCUGUCAUUGUUGUCCUCCUAAUAAUAUGGGGAGUCUCCUUCAAAUACUCUGACGUGCGAGAGAAAGCAAGAAGCAUUCUUGGGUUGAGUAAUACAGUAACAACCACACCAAAUGUGAAAACAGCAGCACCUGAGCCAAAGUGCGACCUCUCCAGAGUCUGUCCGCCCGACCAUUUUGCUCUGUAUAUCAGGAGCGGAGCAGCUAAUGUGGUCGGACCAAAGAUCUGUUUCGAGGGUAAAAUCAUUAUGAGUCACGUGUUGAAUAAUGUUGGACCAGGACUGAACAUUGUGGUGAUAAAUGGUGAAAAUGGAGUUGUGGAAAAAAGUGACUACCUUAAUAUGAGAACUGGAAACCCAGAAGACAUCCUGGCAUAUUUGAAGGAGAUAAAACCUGGAAUGAUUGUUUUAUUGGCCUCGUUUGAUGAUGUGACACAUAAGAUGACAGAUGAAAUGAGGGAGGUAUUUGUCGGAAUGGGAAGCACUUUGAUCAAGUCUGUGAAACACAGAGACAGCUGGGUGUUUGCUGGAAGAGCAGGGAUGGAAACCAAAAGCCUCUAUGAGAAGCAAGCUGUUAAUGAUGAGAAAACCAAUAUUUAUGAAGGAUGGCCGAAUCUGGUGGAGGUGGGCGGCUGUUUCCCAAGGACCCCAACAGACGCACAUAAACCUUAGAAGACUUUUGUGAUGAAAAUGAGAACACGAUGGAAGCUUUUGCAGUGGCUUUUCAGGAAACUGUGUCGCUCCAUGCUGUUUUACACUCCUUUUGAGACUCAGAACUUGUUGGAUUCUUCCUCUGUUGCUCUUACUUGAGUUUCCUUGAAGUUUUCCACUUCCUAGUCUGAAGAUAUUAGGUGUCGCAUUUUGUACAGAUUGUAAAGCCAUCUGAGGCAAGUUUGUCAUUUGUGAUUCCGGGGUUAUAAAAAUAAAACUGACUACACACUUGACACUUCAGUGUCCCAGCAG